GCCAAAUUAGAAUUAGUUUACUUCAAAUUCAACUUUACGUUCCCACUGAGAUUUACAAAAUCCCCCUCACGGGGAAUCUUUAGUAUUUCCUAAAUUUCACACCAUAUAUAUAUAUAUAAUAACGACGUUUAAUAAUUCCAAUACUCAAUUAUUCUGCCUCAUCACCAAAUUAAAAACCCACUUAUAAACAACACGUUCAUCAUGUCCAAGACUCGCCAAUAUUAGCAAACACCCAAAAGCCCUAAUUGAGAGAGAGAGAAAGAGAGAUCGUAAAAAUUAACCCGAAAAAGACGACCAUCAAAAAUGGGAAAUAGUAUUACAGGAGGAGGAAAAAAGAGAGUAAAGAUAAUGAAAAUCAACGGGGAGACCUUCAAAGUGAAGAUCCCAAUAAGAGCUUUGGACGUCACCAAAGAUCACCAGGGACAUGUCCUCUUAGAUUCCGAAGCCGUUAAACAUUUCGGUAUCAAAGCCAAUCCCUUGGAACCACAACAACACCUUAAGCCCAACAAGGUUUAUUUCUUAGUAGAGAUUCCCAGGUUUCCGACUUCCGAGAAUAAUCAAGAUGAGAUAUCGAGAGGCGCACGGAGGGUCCGGUCCGGGAUAAACAUGAGCGCCAAGGACAGGCUCGAGUGCCUCAUGCUGUCACGGAGGUCCGUUUCGGACAUGUCCUUGCUACGGCCGUCGUCGUCUACGGGCCUGAGCUCUGGUGGGCCGGGCCCAGUGAGGGUGAAGAUGAGGCUGCCCUUGGCCCAAGUUGAGAAGUUGGUGGAGGAAAGUAGAGAUAAGGUUGAGGUGGCUGAGAAGAUUCUUGCUCUUUAUAUGGGAGACGAUGGAGGUGCUCACGUGGCGGCGGCGAAAGACGGUGGUUUGAUCCGCCGUGAGGAGUGGAAGCCAGGUCGAGCUAGUAUCACGAAGAAUCACGAGGCUCGUCAGAAGCGAGUGAGUUUCCUUCCAAUUGAAGAGGGAGAAAUUCGAUUAGCUUUGGCAGCCUCUUAAUUGCCUUUAAUCAACAAACAGCACCGGCCGGGGACUUUUCCUAUUAAUUUGGUGUCCAGCUUUUUUUGUAUAUAAAUUCAUUCUUCUGUCUUUCUCAACUCGAUCGUGGACGAUCUAUCAUAUAUUUGUUCCUUAUUGUACUAGAAUAGCAGCAAUUAAAAGAUGUAUUAGCCAAAACAAAUAUCCGUCUCACUGCAUGCCCUCAACCAUAUAUAUAUAUAUAUAUAUAUGUGUGUGUGUGUAAUUUCAUAAUUUGUGAACCAUAAUCUUCAAAAAUCAAACUAAACUUGAUUAAAAUAGUCCUAAUGUCGUUUUAGCACUUAAGAGUGUUAGUUUGAUUCACGUCCCCUGGAAAAAAAAUAAAUUUUCUGG